AAGGCUGUUUAAUCAAUACAAUAAAAAUUAUUAAUCAAGGUUGAAUACUUGAGGUGCAAAGGUACAUCUUUGGAGUUUCAAUACCACUCUUAAAAACCUCCCCUCUCCCUACAUCUUUCUUCUCACCUCGCUGAUCACCCCCUCUACCCAUCUCUCUCGCUCUCUCAAGGAGUACAACAAGCAAAAAGGAUAACUUUGUCAGAAAAAAAUGAGCAGUUUAUUAGGGCAUGUUUUACCAGGCAUUGGCUUCUUUGUCAUUGGCUUAUGGCACCUCUUUAACCACAUCAAGCUACAUGCUCAGUAUCCAAUUUCUUACAUCUCUACCCCAUGGUUCCCCACCUCAAGAUUUAAGUACUUGGAGCACUUCUUUAUCAUUGGAGGCUCCUGUGCUUCCAUAGCCAUGGAGCUCUUCAUCGGCCCAGUUCGACACCAACCAUUGGACCCUGAUGGAACCAUCCCCUCCAACCAUCUCCAUAACUUCGAGCACUCCUCCAUCUCAAUGACCCUCUUGGUCUACGCCACAUUUGCUAUACUUCUUGAUCGGAUUGGCACCCGAGCUCAAUAUGGAUUAACCCUUUUCCUUGUAGCCACAGCCUUUGCUCAAGAACUUCUUCUUUUUCACUUUCACUCAACCGACCACAUUGGCCCGGAAGGCCAAUACCACUUGCUUCUGCAAUUUCUUAUUUUUGUUUCUUUAGCCACCACUCUUAUGGGAAUCGGUCUUCCAAAGAGUUUCUUGGUCAGCUUUGUAAGAUCAGCCAGCAUACUAUUCCAAGGUAUUUGGCUUAUGGUGAUGGGAGUCAUGCUUUGGACACCAGAAUUGAUUCCUAAAGGUUGCUCCAUCCACCUCGAAGAUGGUCGCAAAGUGGUCAGGUGCUCUGGGGAUGAGGCUCGUCAACGCGCUAAGUCAUUGGUUAACAUCCUAUUUAGCUGGUUCUUGAUUGCAAUCACCAUUUUUGUAGUGAGCUUCUAUUUGUUUAUGGUUAAAGCUUACGGCGAGAAGGUGGAGUAUGGUUCAUUGAAAAGGGAAGAAGAGCAUGGAGAAGAUUCUGACGAUGCUGAACUUGAAUCCCAAAAGAAAGGCAAACUUGGAUAUUCAAAGAGCUUUAUACAAAUGGAAAGAACCCUUUUCACCCCAUGACAUGAAAAGGGGUUAAUUUGUUAUGAUAAAUUAAGAUUUAGCAUGCAGUUCUCUUAAUUUGUAAGAGAUAAGAUCAGUACACCACGUGGGAAUACCACCCUUGUAUAUAGAAACAUUAUGCGAUGUAUCUCAUGGCUCUGUACUUUCU